AUGCCGUCCUGCUGCAGGACCUGCGAUCACCGCAACCACGACGUGCACACAAACCCCUCAACGCCUACCCUCCUAGACGUCUGCCUCAUAACGCUGUGCUUCAAAACAGCGCUCCUCACAUCGUCCCCAAACAGCACAGCCCUGAACGCCGUGCUAAACAACAUCACCGACGCCGCGGAAUCGACGUCGCACCCUUCAACAUUCACCGCAUGGUCGCCGUGUCUGUCGAAUCCGCAGAUCGCAGUGGUGCUGACGACGGCGAGCGAGACGUGCGGGAAGCCGACGUCGGCGGUGUUCGAACCUGUGUUGAAGUAUCUGGAGAGCCCGCCGUGCGUGCAGCACGUGUUUCACGAGUACUCUAUCCUGUCGCUGGCAGCGUCGAGUCCGGAUGAGAAAGUGCCAUGCGACAUUAUCGUCCUGCGGGCGCCGAAUCCCGGCGUCGCAGGCGCCAUCGGCAAGCGCUUCGGCUGGGACCCUAAGCGCUCGUCGCUCUCCUCACAGCUUGAAGCUGGAGCGUCCGCAGGCUUCUCUCGGCCGGGCGAUCUCGUGCGCGACUUCUGGGCGUGGGCAGAACUGCAUGCAAAUGACCCAUCGUCGCCAUCCUGUAGUUCCGUUGGCAGUGGGUAUGAAAGUGCAGACACAAGACCUGGGCUUAUGAGCACCAACUCGUCCGAGAAGAACAUGUCGCUGUUCUUUGCGGAGGACGAAGAGCGGCGGAAUAUGGAAGAUGAGACGCUGAUCAUGCUCUUCCAGUGGAGAAGCCUUGUCGAUGCGGAAAGGUUUAAGCAUCCGCUGCAGAAGAGCUAUGGGCAGAAUGAAGAGGAAGUCAGUACCGAUCUGUGGGAUCGACAUGUUGCGCAUCCGGUGCGGCAGCUGCAGGGCAUAGGUGCGAAGGCAGACAUGUAUAGGCUGGAGCUGAGGGGCGUUGAGCCUCGGAUGCAGACCGCGAAGGCAGCAGCGGGGCGGGAGCGAAGCGGCAGUCGGAGGCUCAGCACCAUGGCGACGGGUUUAGGCGAGAAGGUCAGUGGGCUUUGGAGAUGA